CGCCUUGAAUCGACGAUGUUCCGUGUUGGCUGUUGCGUCGCAUGACAUAUCCCAUAGUGCUGAAUAUUGGAUGAUUUGACCGUUUUCGCUGAAUCCAGCGUGGUUGAUUGGAAGUAGUGAGUGACCGAGUAUUAAUUGGAAUCUCCACCUGGGAUUAAUUUACAUUUGGAUGAGGAAGAGUGUGAUUUAAGUGGGAUUUGUGUGUGGCGGUGAAGCCAUAUAGGCAGGAUUUUCCCGCCAAUCGGGAAGUGCAGUGCUCAAAUGCAAAAGGAUGUAAUGAGAAUGGUGGUGGCAAUGCAAUCGUGAAUACUGACAAGUGAGAAGUACAAUCUUAAUAAAACAGCAUAGUGAGAUAUCCACGCCGCAGGACCCAAACCCUUUGGAUUACAUUUUACACCAUCACACCCACUAAAAUGGAUUACACUGCGAAAUCGUUUAAUUUCAUCACGGCAUUUUUGCUUCUCGCUUAUGCUGCUCUAUGCGUUGUGGCUGGCGAUGAGUCGCUGGAUACCCGAGAGGGCGAAGACGUGACCCUCAAGUGUCGAUUUAAUGAGCAGCACUCCACCACUGAGUUCUCCUACUAUUGGGCCCGAUGGACGGUGGGCAACAAAUUCGAGAAUGUGGCUAUUGGCAACAUUCAAUUGAACACCAAUUACAGAUUGGAUUUCCGUCCAGAUCGGGGCAUUUACGAUCUGCUCAUCAAGAAUGCCUCCUAUAGUCGCGACAACGGGCGAUUUGAGUGCCGCGUGAAGGCUGUGGGCACUGGAGCGGAUGUCCAUCAAGAGUACUACAAUGUGACCGUAUUGACGCCCCCGCAGCCGCCUCAAGUGGCGCCCGGAAAUAUUGCCAUCGCCACGGAGGACAAGAAGCAGGAGCUGACAUGCAGCAGCAUCGGAGGAUCGCCAGAUCCAACAAUAACGUGGUAUCGCGAGGGCAGCUCUCAGCCUCUGAUGGAGGCCACCACGAAUAGGGGCGGGUCAAAGGACCUGCAGACCACAAGCACUCUGGAAGUGAAGCCCAGGAGGGACGACGAUGGCGUCACGUACAGGUGCGUGGUGUGGAACAGAGCCAUGCCGGAAGGACAGCGCCUCGAGACAACAGUCACUCUCAGCGUCAACUACUACCCACGCGUGGAGGUUGGUCCGGAAAAUCCCUUACGGGUGGAGCGCGACUCAACGGCGAAACUUGAGUGCUUUGUGGAUGCCAAGCCCAAAGUGAGCACAGUACGAUGGACGCGAAAUGGCAGAUUUAUCAGCUCCUCGAUGACUCACACGAUUCACCGAGUGUCUGUGCAGGACGCUGGAAAAUACGCCUGCUCAGCGGACAAUGGCUUAGGACGCGUCGGCGAGCAGGAGAUGAUUCUGGACGUUCUGUAUCCGCCAGUUGUGGUGAUUGAGUCCAAGACACGCGAGGCUGAGGAGCGCGAGACUGUCAACAUUCGCUGCAAUGUGACUUCCAAUCCGCCCCCAGUGACAAUCGAGUGGCUGAAGGAGGGCAGUCCUGAGUUCAGAUUCACCGGCGAUAUACUCACGUUGAGGGAUGUAAAAGCUGAGAAUGCAGGAACUUACAUUUGCCGAGCGGUCAACAUUUUGAUGCCACAUGGCGGGAAGCGACUCGAGAGGAUCGGAAAUGCAACGGUGGCUCUUCUAGUUCGUCACCGACCCGGACGGGCAUUUAUCACGCCCAGCAAGCCAGUGGUGCACGUUGGAAAUGGCGUCACUCUCACGUGCAGCGCCAAUCCGCCAGGAUGGCCUGUACCGCAGUUCCGCUGGUUCCGCGACAUCGAAGGAGAAGUCUCGCCACAAACUGUCCUCGCGCAGGGCUCUCAGUACGUCAUCCCAAGAGCGCAUCUUGGCAGCGAGGGCAGAUAUCACUGCCACGCCGCCAAUGAGCUUGGACAUGGAGACAUGGCCACAAUUGUCCUGGAAGUUCAUCAACCGCCGCAAUUCUUGGCCAAGCUGCAACAGCACAUGACAAAGCGCGUUGGAGACUACAACUACAACGUGACGUGCAGUGCCAAGGGAAAGCCCAGACCCGAGAUCAUCUGGCUGAAGAACGGCAAGGAGAUCACACCUGAACCCAACUUGUACGAAGUUAUGACAGAUCCAGUUGAGGGUCCCAAUGGAAUGGUCACCGUUCACAGCACGCUAAGAUUCCAUGGACGAUCACGACCCAAUGAGAACCAACUGAUCCCGGGUGAUCGUGGUCUGUACACGUGUUUGUUUGAGAAUGAAGUCAGCACGGCCAAUUCUAGCAUGCAUCUGCGCAUUGAGCACGAACCCAUCGUUCUUCACCAAUACAAUAAGGUGGCAUAUGACAUCAGGGAGACGGCUGAGGUGGUGUGCAAGGUUCAGGCUUAUCCCAAACCCGAAUUCCAGUGGCAAUUCUCAAAUCAUCCCGCCCCGCUCUCCAUGUCUGCCGAUGGACACUAUGAGAUCAACACCACAACGGACAAUAACGAUGUGUACACUUCGGUCCUGAAGAUCCAUAGACUCGGUCAUGAGGACUAUGGCGAUUAUCACUGCCGCGUGGCGAAUUCCUUGGAAACCAUCCGCGUGACAAUCAGACUGCAGCCCAAAGGCCCACCUGAGAAGCCCAUCAAUCUCCAGGCGGCGGACGUUGGCCCGAACUACGCCAGUCUCUUGUGGGAUCCCGGCUUCGAUGGUGGCCUCAGCAAUACCAAGUUCUUCGUGUCGUACAGGAAGGUUGCCGCGGUUCAGGAUGAUCAGGUAAUGGGCGAUUGCGGCUCCAUGGCGAGCAGUUCAUCUGACUGGAUGGAAUUUGACUGCCAUCGCGACAUCCCGUGCAGUGUGACACCUCUGGAGCAGCACCAGCGCUAUGUCUUCAAGGUGAAAGCACUCAACACGAAGGGAAACUCAGAGUACUCGAACGAAAUUACAACGACCACGAAAGUGAGCAAAAUCCCACCUCCUCUUCACGUCACCUUCGACCCCAACACACGCGUCUUGACCAUCAACGUGGGCGCCACGUGCUUGUCAGUCUCUGCCAUCGUGGAGUCAGUUGUUAAUGGGGACACGCUGCAGCCGGCCUGGCAGGUUGUCGAAAACAUCCCACUGCAAGUCUCUGGGAGCGCUCCCACGUACAAAGAGACAGUUAUUGAACAUCUAGUGACGCCUAGAAGAAGCACAACAGGCAGGUCCUUGGGAGGAGGCGGAAUGUCUGGUGACGAUGAUCUACCUCUGGCGCUCAGCGACGAGUUUCAGCCCAAAGUGAGAGUGAAGCUGUGUCUGAGGCAAGAUUUUGAGCACUGCGGAGAUUACACUGAAGCCAAAAUUGGACCAUCCUACAUCGAACAGCAAACUGCCAUUGCCACUCCAACAUUAAUUGCCAUCAUCGUUUCCUGCGUGGUAUUCGCACUGUUUGUGGGUCUUCUGCUCAUGUUCUGUCGCUGCAAGAGGAAUCAGUCGAAGAAGAGCGCCGCAGCGAAGGAUUACGAAAUGGACUCUGUCCGUCCGUCAAUCGUGGCUCAGCAGAAUCAGGCGCCGCCACCGUAUUAUCCAGCCAGUGGGCUUGAAAACAAAGCCUUAGAGCACUCGAUGGACUUGGCCCUGGCCAUGGAGGACCAGAAGAACGCUGUAUACGCGACACAGAAUGGCUACGGCUACCAUCCCAAUGCCGGUCUUCAGGUUCCAGGACACACAAUUCCAGGCAAUGAAUGGGUGAACAUCGGCUACAUGGACAACAGCUAUUCCAACUCCAACAACGGCGGCAGCGUCAACUCCCAGGACUCACUGUGGCAGAUGAAGAUGAGCGCGGCGGCCAGCAAUACUGCCAAUCUUGUGCCGUCGCACAACUUUGUCGAGCGUCAGCCGUCCUACGGUUACGAUCCGCUCACACAUGGCGGCUAUGGCGCCGUGGACGAUUAUGCGCCGUACCCACACUUGACGACCACUCCCAGCCAGCACGGCGACGACUACCACAAUGUCCGCAACAGCCAGAACCCGUCGCGGCAGGAGUACUGCAGCGAUCCCUACGCGGCGGUGCACAAGCCAAAGAAGCGACUAGAUCAGCACUUAGACUCACCCUAUCAUGACGUGAGUGGUCUGCCGGAUCCGUACAUGGAACAGAUGGAGCCGGAGGACGCGAAGCCGCCUCCGCAGCACAUGUCGCUGAGCUAUGACGAGAGCCUGGAGAGUGGCUACUCGACGCCCAACUCGCGGAAUCGCCGUGUGAUCCGGGAGAUAAUUGUCUGAGACACGCCAAGGGUGCGUUUUGCGGACGGCACGUGCCUGUAACGGCUGAUCGGUGGCCCCAUCCGGACGCCCUCGCUGGACUGAAACGCACUGGAGGGCGGAUGACAAUGGCCUAAUUGCUACGUUCGCAAAACUGUGCCCUUAGUGACAAAGUGAAAGAAGAGAAACGAAGGAGAAGAAAAACUGUGGACAGCUUGUAGUUUAAAAACGCAAAAGGACGUGAAAGUGCUGCAAUCUUGCAUAGAGACAUGUUGACAACAGCUCAACACAAAAAUCAUGAAGAUUUGAUAAUGAUUUAGUAUUUUUUAAGAAAUUUCCCCUCUCUUUUAGUUAAGACAAUAUUUUUACUGAGACGUGAGACGAUUGGAAGGAAAAGAGAAAUUGAAUUAGAUAAUAUUGUACAAAUAUUUCUGCCCGCCGUGAUGGUUUUUUAUGUUUUUUUAUAACUACUUUUAAAAGAAAUUGCAAGUGAGAGAAAAUUUUGAGGAAAAAAUCCGAAUAUCCAAUGAGCAAUAGUGAUAAGGAAGAAAUCUGUUGAAUCUCUCACGUAAUUGCCAUGAUAUUGACUAAGUUAUUGAUAUGUUUUCUUCUAAGAUAUCUUGUUUAAUUGUCUCUACUUAUGUUAAUUGGCCGCCUCUUUAGCCUCUUUAUUUAAUUCACAAUUUAGCACAUUCUUGACAAGGAGUGUGUGAAAAAUCUGAAAAAACACCAAUAAGUGUAUUUGUACAUAGAGAAAACUUGUAAGGCUACUUAUAAGGACAAAAAAACGCGAAAAAGGGUAUUAAAAAAGAGUAUCGGAAGUAUGAGAAAAGCCAUUAAAUCCUCUCAAGAAAACUCCCUUCUUUUGCUCAACUCAACAGUAAAUAUUGUUGAGAGAAAAAUUCAUUUCUUAUCGUAUUUCCCCCUCUCAGUCCGAAUUUCCCACCCACUUUCCAGUCCGAUCCCUCUUACCAUCUCCGGAUGAUUCUGCUAUGAGAAACUUGCGAGCGAGAAGCUGUAAUUGUAACGAUGAAUUGUGGUAUUGUUAGGAAAGUGUCUAUCUCUCCGUGGCUCAUUCUUCAUCAUGGAAUGAAAUCAUAUUUAUCAGCGGAAAAGCACACACACAGAUAUGAAAUAUUGAAUGCACGCCUUUAUGUGAUAACAUAGAGAAUUUUUCUUCAUGGACAAGAGAGCACUUUUGUAAAAGCUUUCACCGUUUCAUAAGAGAGUUUCAAGCAAACACAGUGGAGACACGCGUCCAGAGACACGAACCAUUUUGCACUCAAAGAAAAGCAAGAGUCAUUAUUUCAAGUCAUUCAUCAUUUCACUAUUUUCUCAUCUUCGCUUUGUGUACAGAAAAUGAUAGAGAUUUCACGUCGAUAUAGUGCCAAAUCGCAUUUUCAACAAUUUGUUUAUCCAAAUAGAUAUUAAAUGAUUUUGAUGAUAGAACAAAAGUGGGAUAGUUUUUAAAGUGCAUUAGAGAAUCAUUUAUAGAUUCUCUGGGAUAAUUUUUACGUAUUAUAUUAUGCUUAUUUUAUAAGAAUUAUUAUGCUUCGAAUGUAAUUGUUGAUUAUUUCAAUUUCUUCUCUUUAAAUUGUUUUUUUUUCUGCGGCAAUUGUACUUAAAGAAUAAUGAAAAACAAGUCCAACAUGAGUAACUGAGCUUAGCAGAGGGAAUAUUUGCUCAAGGGACAUUGAAAGUGUGCUUCUUCACUCCAAACUCUGGACUUUAUCAACCAAAUCGAUCAAAUUGUGGCGCUACUCAACACUGAACAGCUGGAAAAUUGUAAUAUAGUAAAUCAUAAUAGGUAUAAUAGUAUAUUUUUUAUAAGCUAUGAUCUCGCACAAAUUUCAUUUGGGCCUCCAAAUCAACAUUUCGAAGCACACGCGCUCUCAAUCCGUCAUCUUUUUCCGCAAAAAUCUAAUAAAUUUUGUGUCCAUAAUGAUGGUGAUUUAUAUAUGGAUAAAUAUAGCGUAUAUAUUUUUCAGAGAAGGGGUAAAAAAAGAGAUCUAAAUGUUACUUGAGACAGAGCAAAAAAUGUUCCCAAAAAAAUCAUUUUUGAAAAUAUUCUCUAAUUGUAAUUAAGGAUAUUCACGAUCAUAGGCUAUUUGCAUGAGGAGAGAAUGUGAGAGAUAUGUGUGUAGAUAGGGCAAAAAUUAUCGGUUUUCUCAUAGAAAUAUGCACACAAGAUAUUUCUGUGAUCGAGUCUAAAAUACAGCUGAAGAUGAAUGGAAUAUACCUUUGUAUUAAUCUAAGGUCACGAAGCAGCAUUUAUCUAUUAAAAAAAAUGGAAGAUAGGUUAAGAGAUGAGAAAAACUAUACGUGAGAGGAAAAUAUUUAAUAUUAUCAUUAAAUAUUGUAAAUAUUAUCACGAUGACACGAGUAAGGAGAAAAAAAAAUUGAAGAUUUUAUCGAGAUAGUGAAAGAAUUAUAAUUUUAAUUAAAGUGUACAGGAAUUUGAGAUAAAUA